UGAGCACUGUGCUCCUUUGCAACCCAGGCCAUUCUGUGAUGAUUCUAUGAAAUGAUCUGGGUCAAAUGAUGGGUAGCUGCUGUGACCAACCUGUGAGACAAGUAAUCUUUCCUAUGGGCUCCUUAGUAGGAAAGCAGUAUUGAUCCAGAAUGGACGAGGUGUUGCCAGCCGCUCUGCUGUGUUGUUCUUGCUGACCUGAAUCCUUCUGUAUUGCCCCCGAAAUCCCAGUAAGCUGGAACAGGCCGAGGAGAGGAAGCAGCUGCAGGAUGGUUUCUACAAUCCAGGAAACAAGUUCAAAUCAUCUAGAUAUUUAUCAGUCAGUGUCAAGAUAAAUUUAUUUGUGAGUUUAACUUAAAAUAUGAUAGAGCCGCUCUAUUCCCGUUGUUUCUCUUCCUGUACCAUGUGCUUUCUCUUUCUGGGAAGCAUUAAGUUGCUCCAUAAAUCCUGGUAAUCCUCCACUCAUAGGAUUUAAGGAGAAAUAUCCAGGAAGAAGGUUGUCAGGAGAAUGGGCAGUUCUUCAGCAAUUUAGAGCAUGUGCUGCCAAACAGCUAAUUGCUGGGGUGCUAACAACGCUCCUGCCUGGUUCUGCGUUCACUAAUGUGGUGGGCUCUGGUGACAGCUUGUGCUGGCACAUCAGGCUGCUUGAUUCAGGAGAUGUUCUCAGGCAGAAAAAAGAGGCGUCCUCCUCAGUUAAGGAGAAAUUUCAUUCCAAAUGUGAAUUACUGUGCCACUGCUGUAGACAGCCUGGAAAUCUCUUAAGGUGGGAACAAAUGGCCUUGCUAACGUAACAGUUUGUGACUGCUGAAAAGCAGUGAUAGCACUCCUCCAGCCAGCUUUGCACGCUGCCUGGGUUGGGUGGGACUCCUUGAGCUGUGCUGUUACUGCAGACCUGGGAUGCAGUCAGCAAAACAACCAGAUAUUGUAUUGGUGGAGCUUUGCAGAACGCCUUGCAUCUAUUUUGCUGUUAAACAAACAUCUGAAUAAUUAUAGAAAGUCUGCUCUAUGAUCCGUGUGCCCUGCAGGGCUGUACAUGGGAGGUGGGCAGAGCAGGCAGGGCAGUGUGCCACUAGAACAGAGCAGACACAAGCUUAAUCUAAACAACGAUUCUUGAUUUAAUCAUAGCUCUGAAUUAUUCCUGUCUUUAUGAUUCUUUCCCAGAUUGGUAUCCCAAACGUCAGUGUAUUCGCAGUGAAAAGUCCUUCAUCUUCAUAAUUAUCCUUAAAAAGGACAGCAGGUCAGACUGAACGCUGCCAUUGCCUUUCAUUCAGGGGAGGUGCAGAUAGGACUUCCUAAGCCCUGCCUUUCACCUAAACCUAUCAUUUUCCCUCUGCGUUGGAAUGCGAGUUAAAAUGGCUGCUGCAAAUAAAGUCAUAACUCUAAGCACUAAAAAGGGUGAAAAUAGUUCUCAUCCCUCUGCUGUGUGCAUUUCUCAAGGCUUAGAUCUUUCCUUUUGUAUGCAGAUACUUUUCCACAAGUCAUGAAUAUCCUAGGAUGCUUGUAGCACGUCAUUCUUUAGAGAUCACGUGUGAUGGGUGAGGGAAACCGUGGAUGUAAGCCCAGGAAGCAGGUGAGCAGAGCAAGCUCCAGGCCACGGUGCUCUGCUCUGCCUGUCAGGGGCAAUCCCAGUUCAAAGCCAGUCAAACUCUAUGGAAAAUCUCUGUGCCUUCAAUGGCUUUUGGAUCUUGGCCCUGGCUUCCCACCUUGUCUGCAGCUGCUGAAGCCUAUUGAAAGAGGCUAAAAAUACAUCAAAUAGCUUUCUGACAUUAUUUUUUUCCAUGUAAGCAACUACCUUAUUUGCCACUUUGUCUUGUGGGUGGUCCAUGACCCUAAUUAUUGAUACGUGGUUAAUGCUGGACAGGAACUAGGAGACUCCAGUGUGGAUGCUUGAGCAGUUAGCGAGUAUAACUUAGAGAUGAAGGAACUGUACAAGGAAAAAUGAAGAGUGAGGCUUAGCAGCUGUUACUGGCCUCAGUGUGCUAAUGCAAAAAGGGAUGGUGUAGAAAGGAAAGAAAAACAAAGAAGUAUAUAUUUUAAACUUAAUCUUCAUUUUUGAGGAGAGAAUGCAUGUUCAGUAUGUCAUAAUGUGUGUAAGGCUUGAUCUAUUGAACGAACCUUGUAAGGCUACGUGUGUGCCUCAGCUCUUUUCGUAUAGCCAGCAUCCUUUUCUUCAGGGUAUUUCUCUUUUUACGUGACAAGAUAGUGGCAGUGACACUUUAUUUCUCCCUACCCAAACAAACGCUGUGAAUCGAGGCACCAGCAUCUGAAGAAGGAAUCUCAGCUUCAGCAUUGCAAGGUUUCUGUUUGAAUCAGCACAGAUUUCUCAGAUUUCGGCAGAACUUGGGUGAGGUUCCAAAUUGGAGUUGUUUUUGAGGAAAGCAAAUAUUCAUCUUCUCUCAGAGCAAUUGCUUCAUCUCUUCAGAUGAUGAGUAGCAGGGGCGAAUCUUGCUCUUUAUCAGCGUGGUCUUUCAAGCAUGCAGUAACUGAUGGUAGCAGUAGUGGCGAUAUUUUCUCAGGCACUGUCUCAGGAAAUGCCUGACCAAAGCCAGCUGCAUCAGUUCCCAGCUCACAAGAUUUCUGAUUCAUUUCAGCGAUGUGUCAGAACAUAACCCAAGGAUUUGGGAUAACUCUGAGCUUUGGAUUCUGCUCUAAACUUGAGUACUGCUGCUUUACCUUCUGGAAUCAAACUCUGCCUGUGAGCAUCUGUGAACCCUACAAGCUCAGAAACCAGAACCAGACCCUCACUUUGUGGCUUCAGCCCAUCUUUCAUUCAUUAAUUUCUAAAGUAUUUUACGGCCUUGGUUAUCUGGCCACUUCCUGAUGCCUUUAACAGCUUCCUCGUAGCAAGUGAAGCUAAUAAAUUUACAGUCGCCAUUCUUCUUAAGCAGUCUUGCUUUCUUUUUUCUUUUUUUUUUUGAAAGUAAGGGGAAAAUGUUCUUGUUUGAUGCCUUUAAUGUCUUACGGUUGGUAGGGAGACAAUACAAAUAAACGUGACUGAUGAAAUGUUUAGGAAGAGAAUUUGAUAAUUGGGCGUGCAGGAAAAUGUAUGGCCUGGAAGAUGCUGGACCAGUCCCUGGAACCCGCUGUCUGGCAGAGGAAGCAGUAUUCCCUGCUGCAUUCCCAGCUCUGGGCCCUUGUUGCGGCACAACUUGUUAAUCAUCACACCAUCAGGCCGGCCAGAAUGCAGCCAAUAUAACUUAGGCUUUUGUGUUGCCGUGGAUGCUAUCUAAGCAUUCCUGGAACAGUAAUUUCCUUUUUGGCCUCCAUGGAAACAGUCAUAAAACAAUUCUUAAAAUGUCAGAAGCGACUGCAUCUAAUGGUGGUGCUUCGGCCAAAGAAAACAUACUUCAGUUUUGAAGCAUUCCCACCAAAACACUGAAAUCUUAAAGCUACUAAUAGGCUGUGCAUCAGUGCCUGAGCACUUUAGCAUGACGUUUAAUAAAAUGUAAUUCAUCUACCAGCUUUGCUGCAGUCACGAUAUCCACCAAGGUGCACUAAAAACUUUCCAGAACAGAUCAGAAAAGAGAGGAGGGCACGGGUGGCAGCAGGGCAAGCAGCAGAGGCCAACUGCUUGGGUUGUCUGCCCUGAUUAUCUUACUUGCUAAUUGGCAGACGUUUAACUGGUGCCACUGAGAGAUGUAUCACUCAGUAGUGGCACAAGUGUCUCAUUGGAUACUGGGAUCAAUUUCUUAUGUGGCACUGAGGGAUGUGAGUGGUGAGCAUGGGGGGUGGGCUUGGGGAACUUGGUGAUUCUAUGGUACUAAGAAAAACGUGACAUCUCUUGCAAAGUCAGUCCACGUGAACAGCACUGGAUGUCUCUGUCUUUGCAUACUGAUAAUAACAAUAAUAAUAAUUAUUAUUAUUCCUGUUACUGCUUUUUUUGGCAGCAGGGAAAAUGAAAAGAUUUCCUGUAUGUUUUUCCAGUCAGCCUCCUGUGUUUUUAGUGAACUUGAGGGAGGAAGGAAGGGAUAAUCAAACUAGGUGAGCAAUUGCAACUCCUUUUUAUUGAUGCAUUAAUGUGUUUGAUGUGAGUCAUUCCUUGCAGUCCACAGUUGACGGCUCAAAAGCCUUCAGCUGAUGCUGCCUUGUGUCGGACUGGAUCCAGCAUUCAGUUCUGUGAAGCAGGGUUUCCAGGUUUGCUUCAGUCAAGUGCCAGGAGCAGUCGUCCCCGUUUGUCCUGAGCGGCAGGCAUGUGGUAAGGCCAGAUGUUGUGCUGGGAGACACCGUGCUUCCUCUCUUCUGUGAAACCACCGUGUUGGUGCACGGUGUUGUUAAUGCACCCCCAGCCUCACGUUGUGCUGGGGAUGUCCAUCAGCUAUUUCCCAGACAGCUGCUGGCCUGGCUGUGUUGUGAUGCUGGUGUCCAGCAGUGCUCUGGCAGGACAAGCUUCAAAACAUUCAGAGAUUCAGUUCAGGCAAGCGCACAAAGUUCAGCUGCUCGUGAGACGCCAAACCAAGCAUCUCGAAUGCUGUGGGGCUGGCACAGGAGCUGCGAAUCUUUCAGGGUUAGGCUCCCUUCUAUCUGCUGGAGGAUGGCGGUUCAUGUUGGCAGCAAGGCUGGAGCACAGCAGAACAGAGGACUUGGACUUUUUCUGAGAUUUGAGUUUCCAUCCAAAUAGUUAUUGCUUGAAAUAGUUGCGAUGAGAGAUACGGAGGAGAAAAGAGCACUUAACCAAAUGUCCUCACUGCUGGGUACGGCCUGGGCAUGCUUCACAUGUUUGAUGAAAGCUGAAGCUGGCUCUUCAUUAAAGCUGGCUCACACAUCCCAUGAGUUUGCAAGUCAUGUGUGCUCCUGCUCUGACCCCACGUUUCUUUCAUUCACACAUGUUUUCAGAUUGCCUUCAUCUUUUCACCCUGCGAUACUUUCUUUUAAUACCACGUUAAAAUAUAACCCAAGUGUGGAAAGCUGUUAAAAAUUCUACACAAAACGAUGAGUACAAUAUUUAAACUGCACUUUAAAACCUUCCGGACUUCUUGAAAUAUUUCUCUCCACUGUCUGCUCUCUUAAGCCCUAUGUUGCAGUUUUGAAAGAUGCUGCUUUUUUAUCUUUACAGUCUUAUUUUGCUGUGUUUUCCUUGAAAUUGGUACUGAGCUAAGCUGGGUCUGGUUACUGAUAUGGGUAUCAUUUUGCUGAUGGGGUGUAAACUUUUACCCUUAAGACAAUUUUAAAAUUAUAUUUCUAAUCCUCUUAUCUCUUCCAUAAAUCGUCAAUCUUGCUUGUGGGUUUUCUGGAGAGAAUGAUUUCAUUGUGAAUGAAUUCUUUCCGUUUGGGUUUGUUUAUUUUUAAGACAGAUAAGUUAUCUUGCUUUCUCUGGGAGAGAUUAAAAUAUUUCUAAUUAUAAAAUGUGAGAGUGGUGCAGUUCGGAGUGGCUCACUGUCUCUGUUUGCUGGCACGGCAGAAAUACAGCUGGUGAAAUAUAACUGGUGCAAAAGUGUUGGUAAACUGAUGAGCCCGUGAUUGUGAACAUGCAGGUGGAGGGAUGUGAAAGGGCAAAGUAGCGGAGAAUUACAGCAGCAGCAAAAUGAAUGGGGCUGUGCUAUCAGUGCACCUUUCUCUUCAGCUGCCAUUUAAUUUGUGGCAUUCCUAGUGGCUUUUACUAUUCAUCCAGGUCGUUUUCUUGGUGUAGACAAGUUCUUUGGAAACUUUACUUGAGAAAACCUGUAAAACGUACUGCCCAUUAUUCCUGCUGCUUUGUGUGUAAGAAUAAGAGCUUUAGGAGGUGAGGCUGGGGCUGGUGGUGUGUCUGCAGUCACCUGAAGGGACAGAGAGCUGUGGCUGUAACUGAUACCAGAAGGGAAGGAUGUGGGUAAGCGUUGGACUUAGCAGGCUGUGGAUGGAGGAACAGAGCAGCUGCACGUGAGGGCAAAGCUGCUCAUACAGAAGAUGCUGAAGUCUUAUUAAAUUGAAGCGUGCUGAAGGGCUUUGCUGAGCCAAGCACUGAUACACGUUCAAGAAGAAUGGAUUUGAGGCCGUUUUGUUAAAUUUAUACCAGCACUGGGAUGCAAAGUGCGUGACAUGCGUGACUCCGAGUAAUUAACAUUCCUCUUCAGGCUCCUCUAAAGGUUCAGCACUCUUUCAAAGAACCCGCCUUACACCUUUGACCCGUCAGACUAUUUCUAACGAAUUGCAGGGAUGGAUACGGUUAAACCAUUCCGAGUUGCUCCUUCCACAGGAUAAUGUGACGUGGAGCUGAGCGGGCAGGCAGUGCAGAACAUUGGGCAGGGCUGCUCUUCUCCUGGAGGAGAACAUCACACCUCCAGAACUCCCUCUCCGCAGGGCUGGAGCACGAAACAUUUUACAUGCUUAUCAAACCCCAGCUUGUAGCUGUCGAGGUGAGUUAUGAAGCACAGCAUCCAGGAGAUGAGCACAGUGCUGCUCACCUGCGCGGUGUUGGAAGAAGAAGACCUGGCUUCUUUGUCACCUCAACCCCACAUGAGCACAGUGCUGGAAGGGCAGUGCCAUGAUAUCGAGCAUGCAAACACAGAAGGAGCAACAGAGUGAAAUUUCACUAUAUUUGGGUAAUCCUCUAACACUGAAGCAACUCAAUAUUCCGUUUCAGAUGGCUGAUUUUUUUCCCCUGUUCUUUUCUAUGUGAGCGAAUUGGUGCUUUCUUAAAUAUUGACAUUAAUCUCCUCAGUUGGAAGCGAACCAAGCUUCUGUAUUUCUUAUCCUCCCAAAUCAUCUGUACUUCAGAUCUGUUUACCAAACGGACUAUAUUGCAUUCCCAUAAAUCCCGUACUUCGCGUUUGCUGUGAUAUUAAUUUAUUGGUACGCAUGCAUUUUCAACAUCAAUUACACUCAGUCUCAACAGACAUAACUCUCUUCAAAGGACGUGGAAAGCCGUGCAGCUCUUGGCUUGCAGAAUCCCCAGCCCUGCCUCUGCCCUGCUGCAGAGCUGAGCCCUGCUUCACCCACCGGGGAUCUGCACGCUGUACAGAAGCAAAGACACGACUGAGAAGCAUCCCAGCUGCAGCAUGAUUUGGGGUUGGCCUAAUAUUUUGCUUAAAGGCGGUGAUCAUUCAUUUCCUUGAAAGCAAAAGCGCUGCGCUGGUGUUUGUAGGAAGGAGCUCGAAAUUCUGGUGGGAAUGCACAGUUCUGAAUCAGCCAGCAGAAGAGGGCAUUGGCAUUCAGAGUGCUGGAGUUUGGAGUCUGAUUUAAGAUUUUGACAGGGAGGAAGAGCAGCAACUUUUGUUAAGUGAGCAGCUGAACAGCUGGAAGAAAUGUCUAAAAACGUUCAGGUCUUCAUUUGCAGACAGAGCUUUUGUUUACACCAAACACUGCCGGAUAAGGGAAAGCAAUACCAAAUGUUUAUUCCUUAUAAUGAGAAAUGACCAAAGACCAUCAUUUGAAAAAGAACUUCUCACCAGAGUUAAUCUAAUAUUGCAAUAUCUGAAUUAAAAAUGACAAAGGAAAAAUGCCUCGGUGAAAAAGAGAACCACAAACCACCUUUGUUUGCUUCCUGCAGUUGAGCUGGAAUGUAAAUGGUGCCUUGCAAGUGAAAAAUCACUUUUCCUUCAGAUGACCUGUUUAAAACUGGGAAUGCUGUUGCAGUUUCAGAAACGCUUGUCAGCCCUGGUCACUGGUGCAUAGGAUAGAAAUGAGAAGCACAUGGGACUUUGAUCCCAAAUUGUACGGUUUUGCCCUAUACUUGUAGGCAUGCAGGCUUCUCCUCAGGCAGCAGUUCUUGCAGAAGGUGUUGCAUUUUGUUAAUACAGAUUUCCAAAACUACAAACUGGUUUUCCUUCAUCUCCUGUUACUGAAUUUGCAUCAAAAAGUGGGGACUUUUUGGAGAGCUUUUUACCAGAAUUAGUUGUAGGAAAUGCCUCUGUUUAUUUCACUGAAUAUUCCUGCAGUUGAGGAGGUUUCCAUACUUAAUAGUGAAACGAAUCCAUUUUUUACUUUUUUCCUAACAAACCAGUGAAUAACUGCAAUCCAGAUGCCUUUCUCCCGUGCUGAGACUUGCAAGGACUGGAGGGAGCAGAAAACCCUUUGCCAUUUGCUGACUUCCUUUCUGCUGCUGCCUCUGGAUGGGGCAGUUCUGCAUCCCGUGAUGGAACAAAAGGCUAUUUCUUGUAGCUGUCCCCUGAGAUUUAUGCCCAUUCAAGCUGUGACAGCAAUUCCAGUCCCUCCUCCCCUCUUUCUAGGUUUUCCCCACCUUCCUUCCAUUUCUUUUUUUUUUUUAAGUAUGUUUCCCCCUUCGUUUUGUUCUGCAGUCGUUAUUAUUUAGUAGCUUAUUAAUUCAAGUGGAAACGGAGUGAUUUUUUUAAAUGCCUUUCUGUUGGGGUACCUUUGCAGCUCGCCACACUGAACUGCAGCACAGAUGUUAUGCACAUUUAACUGUGCAGUCAGCGUGCAUAUUUUUAACAUAACUUGUCUUGAAAAUAUUUAUUCAAGCCAAGACAACAGAAAAUUAGAGUAAUUUGAUUGCUCAGGCUUAAGGAAUAGAUUACUACUGUUCCAGAUGUAAGAAACAACAGACUACUUACUCUCCCUAGACUGAAAAAAUGUCAUUGGCUCCUGAUACCAACCAUAUUUGCUAUUAUGUUCAUAGUAAAUCUUUUAAAAGUUGGAUACCUUGAAAGAGUUUCAGUUCAAACCUUUGCCAACCAGCAUUACGAGAAUUUCCCCGCUCCCAAAUAAGCUCAUUAUGAAGGGUUUCAAAAUACCCAGUGAUCCAAAGGUGCAGUAUUACAAAGCCAAGUGAUAAAUCCUCCUUGCCAUGAAGUAAGAGUGCCAGAUAUCUCUGCAGUGGACUCGGGCUCUGCGAGGCUCUCAGCAGUCAGGCCUGAUUACAUCUGAAGAUCAGGCUGCUGGCACCAAGGAUGUGGGUUCUCACUCAACGUUUUGGACUUGUUCUUACUGUUUCUCUUUCUAUGACUUAAGUGCAGUUAUCAUAUUUAUGCUUAUUAUUCUUCCUUGUAUCCCUCACCGCAUUUCUGAACAUAUAGAAAUAGGCCAGAGGAGAGCAAGACAGCAAUGCUAGCUCUUAUCCAGUCUUACCCAGGGUUCAAAUCAUGUGUUGCAACAAUCAUAGAAUCACAGAAUGGCCUGGGUUGCAAAGGAGCACAAUGCUCAUCCAGUUCCAACCCCCUGCUGUGUGCAGGGUUACCAACCAGCAGACCAGGCUGCCCAAUGUUCUUAAUACUAUGUUAGUAACUGUAUGACCAGAUUGCCGAAGUAUUCUGACAUCACAGAAGGAUAUUUUCAGAUGCUUUUCUGCAGCUUCAGCUUCUGUUUCAGUCCCUCAGAAGCAUGCUUUGAGAUUCAGGCUUAUACGGCACCAUAACAUGGAGGAGCAAAUUCGUCAGUGGUUGUUGAUUUCAUGCCUACGUCAUCAUGGAACAUCUCAAGUGAGCUAGAUAAAGAUUACUUCUUGACGCUCGACGAGCCGAUGAACAACAUCACCACCACCCUCGGCCAGACCGCAGAGCUGCACUGUAAGGUGUCUGGCAACCCUCCGCCCACCGUGCGCUGGCUGAAGAACGACGCUCCCGUGGUCCAGGAGCCCCGGCGCAUCUCCUUCCGUGCAACCAGCUAUGGCUCCAGGCUGAGGAUCAGAAACCUGGACACCACCGACACCGGCUACUUCCAGUGCGUCGCAACCAACGGCAGGAAGACUGUUUCUACCACCGGUGUGCUGUUUGUCAAAUUCGGUCCCCCACCAACAGCAAGUCCAGGAUCAUCGGAUGAGUACGAAGAGGAUGGGUUUUGCCAGCCCUACCGGGGGAUCGCUUGUGCACGGUUUAUUGGAAAUCGGACCAUUUAUAUGGAGUCUUUGCAUAUGCAAGGUGAAAUAGAAAAUCAGAUCACAGCUGCCUUCACCAUGAUUGGCACUUCCAGCCAUUUGUCGGAUAAAUGCUCCCAGUUUGCUAUUCCUUCUCUCUGCCACUACGCCUUCCCCUACUGCGAUGAGACCUCCCCAGCUCCCAAGCCACGAGACCUGUGCCGCGACGAAUGUGAAAUUCUGGAGAAUGUCCUGUGUCAGACUGAGUAUAUUUUUGCUAGAUCCAAUCCCAUGAUUCUGAUGAGAUUAAAGCUGCCCAACUGCGAAGAUCUUCCCCAGCCAGACAGCCCCGAAGCCGUCAAUUGUAUUCGGAUUGGGAUUCCCAUGGCAGAUCCCAUAAAUAAAAAUCACAAAUGCUACAACAGCACAGGGGUGGACUACCGGGGAACGGUGAGUGUGACCAGGUCAGGGCGGCAGUGCCAGCCGUGGAACUCGCAGUACCCGCACACACACACCUUCACUGCCAUCAGGUACCCUGAGCUCAACGGGGGGCACUCCUACUGCCGCAACCCCGGCAACCAGAAGGACGCCCCGUGGUGCUUCACCUUGGAUGAGAAUUUCAAGUCCGAGAUCUGCGACGUCCCGGCAUGCGAUUAUAAGGAUGCCAAAGAAAAGAACAAAAUGGAAAUCUUGUAUAUCCUGGUGCCAAGUGUUACUAUUCCCCUGGCCAUAGCUUUGCUCUUCUUCUUCAUCUGCAUCUGUCGCAACAACCAGAAGUCGUCCUCCCCUCCAGUUCAGAGGCAGCCAAAACACGUCAGAGGGCAGAAUGUGGAGAUGUCAAUGCUCAAUGCCUAUAAACCAAAGAGCAAGGCUAAGGAGUUGCCUCUCUCUGCUGUUCGUUUCAUGGAAGAACUGGGUGAAUGUGCUUUCGGCAAAAUCUACAAGGGACACCUCUACCUUCCGGGCAUGGACCAUGCUCAGCUCAUUGCAAUCAAGACACUAAAAGACUUUAACAACCCCCAGCAAUGGGCAGAGUUCCAGCAAGAAGCAUCUCUUAUGGCCGAGCUCCACCACCCUAACAUCGUUUGCCUCUUAGGUGUGGUGACCCAGGAGCAACCUGUCUGCAUGCUCUUCGAGUACAUGAACCAAGGAGACCUCCACGAGUUCCUUAUCAUGAGAUCACCACACUCAGACGUUGGGUGUAGCAGCGAUGAGGAUGGAACUGUAAAAUCCAGCCUGGACCACGGGGAUUUCCUGCAUAUUGCAGUCCAGAUUGCAGCAGGGAUGGAAUACUUAUCAAGCCAUUUCUUUGUCCAUAAAGAUCUUGCGACUCGUAACAUUUUAAUUGGAGAACAGCUUCACGUGAAAAUUUCAGACCUUGGACUCUCAAGGGAAAUCUACUCAGCAGAUUAUUACAGAGUUCAAAACAAAUCUCUUUUGCCGAUUCGCUGGAUGCCACCGGAGGCGAUUAUGUACGGCAAGUUCUCUUCUGAUUCAGAUAUUUGGUCAUUCGGAGUUGUUUUAUGGGAGAUAUUCAGCUUUGGACUUCAACCGUAUUACGGAUUUAGUAAUCAAGAAGUCAUAGAGAUGAUCAGGAAACGACAGCUGCUGCCGUGCUCUGAAGACUGUCCUCCUCGAAUGUACAGCCUGAUGACGGAGUGCUGGCACGACCUGCCCUCUCGGAGGCCGCGAUUCAAAGAAAUCCACGCCAGGCUGCGCUCCUGGGAGGGCCUCUCAAGCCACACUAGUUCUACCACCCCCUCAGGUGGGAAUGCCACCACUCAGACAACUUCCCUCAGCGCAAGCCCCGUUAGUAACCUGAGUAAUCCCAGGUACCCUAACUACAUGUUUCCAGCACAAGGCAUACCACAAGGCCAGAUCGCCGGGUUCAUAGGGCCGCCCUUACCUCAAAACCAGCGAUACAUCCCGAUCAACGGGUACCCGAUUCCAGCAGGUUAUGCCGCUUUCCCAGCUGCCCACUACCAGCCACAGGGCCCACCCAGGGUAAUCCAGCACUGUCCUCCUCCAAAGAGCCGUUCUCCCAGCAGUGCCAGCGGAUCCACUAGCACAGGUCACGUCACGAGUUUGCCAUCUUCAGGAUCCAACCAGGAGGCAAACAUCCCUUUGCUAUCCCAUAUGUCGAUUCCCAGUCAUCCGGGCGGAAUCGGUAUAACCGUUUUUGGAAACAAAACUCAAAAACCGUACAAAAUUGACUCGAAGCAGUCUUCCCUACUAGGAGACUCGAGCAUCCACGGACCUAAUGAAUCUAUGAUUUCAGCUGAAUUGUAAAUAAGUGAGGCCUUUGUAAAUAUAACUAUUUACGAUACAAACUAGAAAGUAGUAGAAGAGAUUUAUAUUCAAAUAUUUUAUUAAAGAUUCUUCUGGUUGUUUAACAGACAUCGCAGCAAGUAUCUUCUGUGAAGUUUAACUGCUUAACAGGAUGGGCAGAGCAACCAGACAAAGAUCCUUGUGGUAUGAAUACUCAGCUUUGUGAAUGGACGCAUUGUUUCUCCAAGUGCCACCAACAGCUCAAAGAGGGGAAGGGGGAAUUUUUUUAAAACAA